AAAUAACCAAAGUACUCAUUCGUUGCAAAAGGAAGCCGAAUUAUUUUAAUAAUCGCUGGCUUGAAUAUAAAUUGUGCUUUUGAACGCGAAGAUUGAUCCGGAAACUGAUGAAAGUGACCUAUUCCGAAAUUUUCCCCACAUAAGUAAAACACGGUUGGUGGUUCAAAUCUUCGUUCAGUUUAGAUUGAAAAUGACACGAACCCUCUCUUUCCGGAGGAACCCCUUGAAAGCCUCAGACUAGCCAGACAAAAAAAAAACCAUUUCUUACGAAAAUUUCAGUCCACGACCGAAUCAUCAGCAACAUUAAACGACUCCUUUCGAUCUUUCAACACCGUCUACCAAUUGCCACGCCGAACUUUCGUCUCCAGUUGCUUGCAGCCAAAUUCAUCGAAAAAACUCGACUUUUCCAAUGGAUUUCGGCCCAACUAAUAACAGCGCCACAACAUCUCGUCCGAACACCACAACUGAAACACCGAAAUUCACGGGCACCCCGGAAGCAUGGGCCGCGAUCGUGUUUUGCUACGUGACGUAUUUCGUAACCAUGGCCUACAUAGUUGGUCCUUUGAAACCCGUUUUCAGGUGCAUUUGGCAUCGGUAUCGCACCAAGUAA